GGAUGCCGAGCAGGACCUGGACAGUCUUGACCCCGAUGGCCCUGCCCGGCUAUGCUCUGAGCAGGAGUCUGAGGCAGGGGUGCCCAUGGAGCCUCUGAGUGUGGACAUCACAGCUGGUGGCCUUGACCAGCCUUCAGUGGCCUCAGAGGAUGUCCCGUCCUUGGAGCCAGGACCAUGUUCGUUCCAGCAGCUGGAUGAGCCCCCUGCCACACCCUUGCUCCAGCAGCCCACCAGCCUGGCUGCCCCAGCUGAACUCCCACCGGCUGCUGCUCCAGAGCCAGGCAUCAGCCCUAGGCUGGCUGUGGACCUUGCCCUACCUGAGGAGCUGCCUCUUGUGUCCAGCCCUGUGGAUCUGAGCGAGGACACUGCAGAGCCCAUGGCUCCAGCACAGAUGGCCUUGUCGGUGACUGAAUUUGGACUCAUUGGCAUUGGGGAUGUGAAUCCCUUCCUAAGUGGCCAUCCUGCGUGCCCGGCCUCCACAUUGCGCUCAGAGCCCUUGUCACAGUGCAAUGUGAUGACCUGUUGAUCCCUGGUCAUCUGUGGGCGUGUGUGCUCAGAAUGGACAUGGCGGCACUGCCAGGCCUGCCCGUCAGUCUUCCUGACCCCCUCCCGCGCAGGCCUGUGUGAUGCCUUCUCUGCUUCAGAACAUGAUGGGACUCAGUGAAGUGGCCAGGGCACUUCAGACCCCAGACCUCAGCAUCCAGCACCGCCACAGCCCUAGGCUGCCAUCGUGCCAUGGAGUCAACCUGGCAGCUGGGUUCAAAGAGGGCCGGUCCCAACAUGGCCCCUCAGCCAGCAGAGGCUGGGCAGGCGGUGCUGCCUGGGGUUUUGGGCAGGACUCUUCCGCACCAGCAGCCUCUGCCCAGGCACCCUCCACAGGCCAGCUCUUUUCCCACCACAGCGGGGUUGUGGCCGCCAGCCUCUGCUCAGCGUGGGACCUUGGGGCACAGAGCCAUAUACCUCGCCCUGUGGCCACCCUUUCUCGGCCCUUCGCCGUCUCCACUUCAGGAAAAGCCGCACUUUAUACCCCAACUGCCUCCUGCCUGCACCCCCACCCUGCGCCGUGGUGGGGCCUCAGCAGCCCAGGCGGGUGAGGAGCAGGUGGUCCGCUCCCUUCCUGCCCCUCUCCUCGGGACAUCUUGGGGCACAGCUCUGGAAGCGCCGUCCUGCCACCCACCUGUCCUGUGGGUCUCAGUUCUUUGGAGGCUCCUAGCAGGAUGGCUGGGUCCAUCUUGUCCUCGGCCUCCCUCAUUUUAUUUAUGUUGGUGUUUACAGUUCGGAGUGGGGUCCCCGGGCAGGCAGCUCCGCCGGGUGUUGGCAGAGCGGUGCUGUGUGAGCCUCUGCGGCUGGACUCGACCGUCCCUCGCCCCACCGAGGACACUGUGAUGUGAGACUGCCUUUGCCCAACGCUAUUUUAUUUAUUAAACUUGAUUUGAAGCCCC